CUACUACUUGAUAACUAAUGUACAUACAUACCUUGUUCUGUUAUCUCUUCUAAUAGUCACCUCUCUCUCUCUCUCUCUCUCUCUCUCUCUCUCUCUCUCUCUCUCUCAUUUUAGGCCAGCUACUAAAAAUGGGUAAUUGCUUUGCUGCUCCUGCUUCUUCUUCUGCGAAAGUUGAUGCUACACACACCUCCCAUCCUGCCUCUGAAUCCUUAAAAACCGCCAGCAAAACCACUCCUUCAGCUCGUUCUAGCGUGACCAUUCCAUCCUACAGCUGGCGAAGCAGUGCUGAAAGCCUUCCAACUCCAAGAUCUGAGAGUGAAAUUUUGUCAUCUCCCCAUGUGAAAGCCUUUUCCUUUACGGAGUUGAAAAAUGCAACCAGAAAUUUCCGGCCUGACAGCCUUCUUGGUGAAGGUGGGUUCGGUUAUGUCUUCAAAGGAUGGAUUGAUCAACACUCGCUUUCUGCUGCAAAGCCUGGUUCUGGAAUGGUCGUUGCUGUAAAGAAGCUUAAACCUGAAGGUUUUCAAGGGCACAAGGAGUGGUUGACAGAGGUUAACUAUCUUGGACAACUGCAUCAUCCAAAUCUUGUUAAACUUAUUGGAUAUUGUUCUGAUGGUGAUAAUCGACUUUUGGUAUACGAGUUCUUGCCUAAGGGGAGCUUAGAAAAUCAUUUAUUUAGAAGAGGAGCCCAACCACUCUCUUGGGCUACAAGAAUCAAAGUGGCCAUUGGUGCAGCUAGAGGCCUUUCUUUCCUGCAUGAUGCUGAAGAGCAAGUUAUUUACCGUGAUUUUAAGGCUGCCAAUAUCCUUCUGGAUGCGGAGUUCAAUGCCAAGUUAUCUGAUUUUGGUUUGGCUAAGGCAGGACCAACUGGUGAUAAGACUCAUGUGUCUACUCAAGUAAUGGGUACUCAUGGCUAUGCUGCACCUGAGUAUGUUGCUACAGGUCGCCUGACAUCAAAAAGUGAUGUAUACAGCUUUGGCGUAGUUAUGCUUGAGCUAUUGUCUGGUCGUCGUGCUGUUGAUAAGACAAAGCCUGGUGUGGAGCAGAGUCUUGUGGAAUGGGCCAAACCGUAUUUGGGCGAUAAAAGGAAACUGUUUCGAAUAAUGGACAUCAAAUUGGAGGGUCAGUACCCUCAAAAAGCAGCACACUCUGCUGCUACCCUUGCUUUACACUGCCUGAGGUCUGAGCCUAAAGCAAGGCCACGUAUGUCAGAAGUUCUAACGACGCUGGAACAGAUUCAAGCACCAAAAACUGCAUCACAGAACUCCUCCGCGGUGCAUCAGACAGUUACUGAUCCUCUUCGCAGGUCACCAAUGAAUCAACACCGUUCACCUCUAAAUUUGACACCCUCUGCCUCUCCUUUGCAACAUCACCGGAAAUCUCCACAUGUACGGAGACACUGAGAUGCAUCAUUUGGUCACCCACUGAAGCACCUCAUAGUGAUUUACUUGCUGCUUGGGCAAAUCAGGUGAAAAAUUGCACAAGGGAAUUAGCUGCUGUCGGGAGUAGAAUGAAGCAUAGAAGGUUAUCAAAAUUUGUGGGAAUUUUGUUGUAAGAUUUCUGUAUCCUGAUUGUCUGUAUCUCUGCUGUGUAUAUGUAGUUGUAUACUUGUAAUAUUUGGUCACAAUUUUAUGGUCCAGUUCUCACUUC